CUCAUCUCAUUCUCAUUCUCAUUCGCACUCAUCAUUCGCAUAGAGAGAGAGAGAGAGAGAGAGAGAGAGAGGGGGGGUUCUUCUACACAGAUUUGUUUGAUUUCAAUUCAAGACCAAAGAAGAAUCUCUCACAAAUGGCGUCAAGAAUUGUUCAACAACAACAAGCCAGAGGUGAAGCAGUAGUAGGGGGAGGAAAACAACAGAAGAAGAACGGUGUUGCUGAUGGAAGGAACCGCAAAGCAUUGGGUGACAUUGGGAAUUUGGCCAAUGUAAGAGGCGUUGUUGAUGCCAAACCAAAUCGCCCCAUCACAAGGAGUUUUGGUGCACAAUUACUUGCCAAUGCACAAGCAGCAGCAGCUGCUGAUAAUAGCAAGAGACAAGCAUGUGCUAAUGUGGCUGGUCCUCCUGCCGUUGCUAAUGAAGGAGUUGCGGUGGCCAAAAGAGCGGCCCCCAAACCGGUUUCGAAGAAAGUGAUCGUAAAACCUAAGCCUUCUGAGAAAGUCACUGACAUUGAUGCUAGUCCAGAUAAGAAGGAGGUCCUGAAAGACAAGAAGAAGGAAGGAGAUGCCAACCCCAAGAAGAAAUCGCAACACACUCUUACUUCAGUGCUCACUGCUAGGAGCAAGGCAGCAUGUGGCAUAACAAACAAACCAAAGGAACAGAUUAUUGACAUUGAUGCUUCUGAUGUUGACAAUGAGCUUGCUGCUGUGGAGUACAUUGAUGACAUUUACAAGUUCUACAAACUUGUUGAGAACGAGAGCCGCCCCCACGACUAUAUUGGUUCACAGCCUGAGAUAAAUGAGAGGAUGAGAGCUAUUCUGGUUGAUUGGCUGAUAGAUGUUCACACCAAGUUUGAACUUUCACUUGAGACCCUUUACUUGACCAUCAAUAUAAUUGAUCGGUUUUUAGCAGUUAAGACAGUUCCAAGGAGGGAACUGCAAUUGGUUGGCAUCAGUGCCAUGCUGAUGGCAUCCAAAUAUGAAGAAAUCUGGCCCCCUGAGGUUAAUGACUUUGUCUGCCUCUCAGAUAGGGCUUACACUCAUGAACAUAUACUAACCAUGGAGAAAACCAUAUUGAACAAGCUGGAAUGGACUUUGACUGUGCCAACACCUUUAGUUUUCCUUGUUCGUUUUAUCAAGGCAUCAGUCCCAGAUCAGGAGGUGAAUGUUGUUGUGUUGGACAACAUGGCUCAUUUCCUGUCUGAGUUGGGAAUGAUGAACUACGCAACCUUAAUGUACUGCCCGUCAAUGGUUGCUGCCUCAGCAGUGCUUGCAGCAAGAUGCACUCUGAACAAGGCUCCUUUUUGGAAUGAGACACUUAAGCUGCACACUGGUUACUCACAAGAGCAACUCAUGGAUUGUGCUAGACUAUUGGUGGGGUUCCACUCCACUCUUGAGAAUGGAAAGCUUAGGGUUGUGUACAGAAAAUAUUCUGACCCUCAGAAGGGUGCUGUUGCUGUGCUCCCACCCGCUAAAUUUCUUCUGCCUGAAGGUUCUGCUUCCCAACAUAGUUAAAAAGAAGAAAAGGGAGAGGAGUAGUCUUUUAUGAUUUUCAGCAAAUAAUCAUUUGUAUUUUUUUUCUUCAUAAGGUACAAGAAUUGAUUUUUAUAUAAGAUGCAAGUUUGUCACUUGCCAAUUGUCACAGCAUCAAACUUUUAUUUGGGGUUCACGUUCUCUGAGUGUAGUGUGCAACCAGGUUGCAGUUAUAUAUACAAAGAAAGUCCAUUGUUAAAACUUUUUGAUG